UGUGUGUGUGGUGUUUAGAAACAAAUCGUGGACUCACAAAAGAUCAAGAAUCAGCCAGACGUUCUUUUGACACCCCACCCGAAAAGAACGCAAUAUCAUGGAGACUGAUCUGUACGACGAGUUUGGUAACUACAUCGGGCCGGAGCUAGACUCUGACGAAGAUGAAGAUGUAGAGGCGGAAGACCGAGAUGCAGCAGAGGCGGAUGAGGAUGAGGAGGACAACGAUCAGGUUGACGCUGAUGAGGACGGUGGUGGAAUGGAGGUGGUUCUGCACGAGGAUAAGAAAUAUUAUCCGACUGCAGAGGAAGUCUACGGGCCUGAAGUGGAGACUAUAGUCCAGGAGGAGGAUACACAACCACUGACUGAGCCAAUAAUAAAGCCUGUGAAGACAAAGCGGUUCACUCUUACGGAGCAGGAGUUGCCGGUUACAGUUUAUGAUAUGGAAUUUCUUGCUGAUUUAAUGGACAAUCCAGAGCUGAUUAGGAAUGUCACCCUGUGUGGUCACCUACAACACGGCAAGACAUGCUUUGUAGAUUGCUUGAUCGAACAGACGCAUCCAGAAAUCCGUAAAAGAGACGACGCAGAUCUGCGGUAUACAGACACACUUUUCACAGAGCAGGAGAGAGGAGUCGGUAUUAAGAGUACACCUGUAACAAUGGUGCUUCCUGACUCAAGAGGGAAAUCCUACUUGUUUAAUAUCAUGGACACUCCAGGUCAUGUGAACUUUUCGGACGAGGUAACGGCUGGAAUCCGACUCUCAGACGGAGUUGUGCUAUUUAUAGACGCUGCUGAGGGGGUAAUGCUGAACACGGAGCGAUUAAUCAAGCACGCUGUUCAGGAGCGCCUAGCGAUAACCAUCUGCAUCAAUAAAAUCGAUCGACUGAUCCUGGAGCUCAAACUGCCCCCCACCGAUGCCUACUACAAACUGCGCCACAUCGUGGACGAGGUCAACGGCAUGCUCAGCACGUACACAACUGAUGAGUCUCUGGUGAUGUCUCCUCUGCUGGGCAACGUGUGCUUUGCUUCGUCCCAAUACAGUAUCUGCUUUACGCUCGGCUCCUUCGCCAAAAUCUACUCCGAUACUUACGGUGACAUAAACUACAACGAGUUUGCCAAGAGACUCUGGGGAGACAUCUACUUCAACCCCAAAACGAGGAAGUUCACUAAGAAAGCACCCAACAGCAACUCGCAGCGCAGCUUUGUGGAGUUUAUUUUGGAGCCCUUGUACAAGAUCCUCUCACAGGUGGUCGGUGAUGUUGACACGUCUUUACCACGAGUGCUGGACGAGUUGGGGAUCCACCUGACCAAAGAGGAGCUGAAACUCAAUAUUCGACCUCUGCUGCGCCUCGUUUGCAACCGUUUCUUUGGCGAGUUUACAGGUUUUGUGGACGUGUGUGUGCAGCACAUUCCAUCUCCACAAGGAGGCGCCAGAGCUAAGAUCGAACACAGCUACACUGGAGGACUGGACUCGGACCUCGGAGAGACGAUGGCCGAGUGUGACCCAGACGGUCCACUGAUGUGUCACACCACUAAGAUGUACAGCACGGACGACGGCGUGCAGUUCCACGCCUUCGGUCGGGUUCUGAGCGGAACCCUGCAGGCGGGACAGCCAGUGAAGGUGCUGGGAGAGAAUUACACUCUGGAGGACGAAGAGGACUCGCAGAUCUGCACUGUCGGACGCCUCUGGAUCUCUGUAGCCAGGUAUCAGAUUGAAGUGAAUCGUGUCCCCGCUGGUAAUUGGGUGCUCAUUGAAGGCUGUGACCAGCCCAUCGUGAAAACGGCCACAAUCACAGAGCCUCGCGGCAAUGAAGAGGCUCAGAUCUUCAGGCCUCUGAAGUUCAAUACUGCAUCGGUGAUCAAGAUUGCCGUGGAGCCCGUGAACCCGUCUGAGCUGCCCAAGAUGUUGGAUGGACUGAGAAAGGUCAACAAGAGCUAUCCUUCACUCACAACUAAGGUGGAGGAGUCGGGAGAGCAUGUUAUCCUGGGUACGGGUGAGCUAUAUCUGGACUGUGUAAUGCACGACCUGAGAAAGAUGUACUCAGAGAUUGACAUCAAGGUGGCUGACCCUGUAGUGACCUUCUGUGAGACGGUAGUGGAGACGUCCUCCCUCAAGUGCUUUGCUGAAACGCCUAAUAAAAAGAACAAGAUCACCAUGAUUGCAGAGCCUUUGGAGAAAGGUCUUGCAGAAGACAUUGAGAACGAGGUGGUGCAGAUCACCUGGAACAGAAAGAAAUUGGGAGAGUUCUUCCAGACGAAAUACGACUGGGAUUUGCUGGCCGCCCGUUCCAUCUGGGCAUUCGGACCCGACACCACUGGGCCCAACAUCCUGGUAGACGACACACUGCCCUCUGAGGUGGACAAAGCUCUGCUUGGCUCGGUGAAGGACAGCAUCGUGCAGGGAUUUCAGUGGGGAACUAGAGAAGGCCCUCUGUGCGAUGAACCCAUUCGUAACGUGAAGUUUAAGAUCCUGGACGCGGUGAUCGGUCAGGAGCCGUUACACAGAGGAGGUGGACAGGUCAUUCCUACCGCCCGAAGAGUUGUUUACUCCGCUUUCCUCAUGGCAACACCCAGGCUGAUGGAGCCUUAUUACUUUGUGGAAGUUCAAGCUCCUGCUGAUUGUGUGUCUGCUGUUUACACCGUACUGGCACGCAGAAGAGGUCACGUGACGCAGGAUGCACCCAUCCCAGGCUCCCCUCUGUAUACCAUCAAGGCUUUCAUUCCUGCCAUCGACUCGUUCGGGUUUGAGACUGAUCUUCGAACACACACACAAGGACAGGCUUUUGCCCUCAGUGUGUUCCACCACUGGCAGAUCGUUCCUGGCGAUCCUCUGGAUAAGAGCAUCGUGAUUCGUCCGUUGGAGCCUCAACCUGCCCCCCACCUAGCCAGAGAGUUCAUGAUCAAGACCCGAAGACGCAAGGGUUUGAGCGAGGACGUCAGUAUCAGCAAGUUCUUCGACGAUCCUAUGUUGUUGGAGCUGGCCAAGCAGGAUGUGGUGUUAAACUACCCCAUGUGAUACAGAUAUCAGUCCAUUACAUGUUCUCACAUUCCCUACCUAAUAAGUUCAUCAUACUGGCGUCAUUUGAUCAAGUUUCAAUAUUCACUUCACAAUACCAAUACUGGGGAAUGUUCUAGUGCAUGCCUAGAAAUUCCAGAUGUUUACUUAUCCUUUAGUCCAUACUUGUCCACACCGGUAAGCUUGCAUUUUCCACCCCAAAUUAAGCUCUUUAGUAAACCCACUGAUACCGCCAACAGGUAGAGCAAAAUCUAAAAGACUACAUACUGCACUGUAUAGUGUUAUAAAUUCACUAUGUCAUUUUGUGUGUAGAGAACAUAAAUAUAUAGGAAACCAUUCGGAAUUUAACCCAACAGACAUACUAGUAUGUCAUAUGUUUAGACUAAACCUUGGAUGCGACAGUAAUUAUGGGGAAUUAUUUUAUGCCAUUACUUGUCAUCAGCUAGGAAACCAACUUUUCUACUUGCCUGAUUUGUCCCGCUGAUAACUGUUUUAUUUUUCAAAAAGGUUUUUGUACAGUAAAAAGGAGAAAUAAAACAGCUUGUGUCUUUUUAUAGAACAUAAUGCAUUUGUAAAA